UGUAAAUCUCACAUACAUGAUACAGGGACUUAACGGUCAACUGUGUCAUAGUGCGACGCAAGCUUAUACGGAAUAGCAAUAAGCCCAAGCUGACUGCACAUUCGCGAACACUGCUGUACACCAAUUUAAAGAUAUCAUAUUCUACUUUAUAACUUAAAUGACGAUCAGAAUAAUCUUGCCUUAAAGCUGUGGGUGAUACAGCAACCUGCGCGCAUUGCGCGGACGUGCAAUCCACUGCAGAGCACGAAUAGUAGCGGUACAUACUGCAAAUCAUAAAAUCUCUGGUGACAUCUUAUAUAUUGGGUUUGGACAAUAGGAUCCGUUGAAUAGUGCUAAUUACCGUCCUUUUUGGAGCUACACUGCAUUAUAAAAACAUAGCACCAUGGUGGACGAUACGUCACUAAAGUCCACAUCAGACCGGACAGGGUCCGUAUCUACAUUCUUGCAGAAGGUGUUGGCGAUGGUGGAAGAGUCCGAAAGCAGCAACUUGGUAGCCUGGACUCCUAACGGAGAAAGCUUCCGGGUUUACGACCCCGUCCCAUUUGCUAAAGAAGUGCUUCCGCGGUUUUUUAAACACUGUAACUUCUCCAGUUUUGUGAGGCAGUUAAAUAUGUAUGAUUUCCACAAAGUCAUGGAUGUUCAGCAGGGGGCACUGUCGGCAGCCAGGUCAAAGGAGUGGGAGUUCAUUCACCCAAAUUUUAAACGCGGGCAGGCCCAACUGCUAGCCUUGGUGAAGCGCAAAGCAGGGUCCACAGAGGGUACCAAACCCAAGGGCGAGAACUUGAAAAGGGUUAUGAGUGAGGUGCAAGCAAUGCAGGAACAGCAGGCCGUCGUGGCACAAAAGUUGGAGCACCUGGACACCGACAACCGCAUCAUGUGGAAUGAGAUGGUGAAGCUUAAGAGCAGACACCAGCAACAGCAACAAACUAUCAAUAGAAUCUUGUAUUUCUUGAGCUCUAUAUAUUCGUCGGACAAUCUGCCGAAUCAGCUGAGAGACACGGACGAUGUACUGCAACUGCAAGGCCAGGGACAGAACAACGGGCCUGGAGGGCAGUCGAACACAUCGUCGUUAUUACAGAACACCCCUUCCUUCAGCAAUGCGCGUGGUAAUCCAAUGCAGCCGCCGUCCAGCUACAACAAUCUGGCGGAGCAGCUUAUGGAGUACACCAAUGUAAGUAACAACGGGGGUGGGGGUAUGAUGAACGCAUUAGGAAAUAGCCCUGCACUCGCUGGAGGGGGUAAUGGUGGUGUGGGCAAUAGGUCGAACUCGGGUUUGGGCAACAACGUUAUUAACAAUACCGGUCUGGGUUCAAACAUCCCUAUGGGUGGCAACAAUUCGGGGGCGGGGGGUAAUAACACCUCGAUGAUGUCCGGUAAUAAUGCAAUGAACGUCAAUAAUCCAGGGUUAAGCAACAAUAACGGUAACAUGGCUGCGGUGAUGAGGUCAGGGAAUGGUAUAGGGGUAAAUAACUUGGGUAGUAACCAGGGUAUGGGGGGGAACAAUUUCUCGGGCUUGCAAAAUGACAACGUGAACUACUUGAAUAACCGCAGUUCAAUCAAUAACUCAUCGUCUCAGAAUAACCUGGGCAAUUCUAAUUCUAAUAACCUAGGAUCACGCGCAAACGGUGCGAGACUGUCGGUGGGCGGCGGUUCGGGUAUGGGCAAUGACUCUAAGAUGAAUUUAGCGCAACACAAUUCGAAUAUGGGCCAAAACAAUGCAGGAUUGAACGGAUCGAAUACACCGUAUGGUAUGGGAGGAAAUAAUAAUAACAUGCCGUACAAUACAGCCUCCCCGAAUUUGCCCUAUACCGACUUCCAACUGGCGAAUAUGGGAAUGGGGGAUGGCCAACAGAACUGAUAAGGCAGUUACCUUCCAUAUUUCCACGGAAAUAUAUUCAUAUCUACUAUCCAAUCCGAUUAGUAUGGCUUUUGCUUACCACGCCAGCGUGUAAAGGCGUACUCGGAUAACUCUACAAUACUGGUUAUCACUACAACUGUGUGUGUGUGGUAUAAAGAUGAUUGGACUUGUUUACGUAACGUCUUAAAAAGUCACUUUGAUGCAUUGACACCAGGUCUUUACAACUACAGACAUACGCACGCCGAGUAUUUGGUUGGUCCAGGCCGGAUAUUUAUAGUUGAUGAUCUAAUUAUGUACGGAGUAACUGAGUAUGCUACAGCCGACAUUAUAUAUGCUGAAGUUCACUUAAUUUGGUGAUCGGACAGCUAGCGUGGCGGUGAUACGGGCAAUGGGGUUGGCAUACAGUAGGAAAGAACGGUUGCGGAUUAUUGAGGCUGUUUAAUACAAGUCUGCACGAAGCGCGCCAGUUUUGCAUUGUUUUUUCAUAGAUGCAGGCUUGUGCAAAAACCCUGGUCUCUGUACCCUCGACAAUAAUGCGCAUGAAUAAGAUAAUUGUCACGGAAAUAUGGGAAGUUGACAUGAUUUGUAGCAGAAUACUGUCUGGCCUGAAGCACAAGGCCGGAAUCUAGGGUACUACUAUUUGAGGAUCGAAGUAGACGGCCUAUAGAUUCUUGGAUGACGUUGAUGUCUAUGAUAAGCAGCAAUACGUGUAUUUACUAUUCUAAUUUAAGCAGGCUUGCCAUGCCACGAGUAGUCAAGAUUGUAAUUUCAUGUCAGAAAUGGAUGGGUUAAUGAGAAACACUGUGCGGUUUGAGCUUAUACGAAUUCUUUCUUCGAAGACACCGAGCCAUGAACUUAGGAAGAGUUCGAAUUAGACAGUAUGCGUUCAAAUGCACAAGGCGCUUGCUUUUGCGUUCUAAUGCGCAUGACGCUCUCUCUUGGCUUUACGCUGGACCAGUGAUUCUUGGAUCCGUUCAUCUAUAUAAAGUAACUAAGCUAGAUUUUGGCGUUGUAAAUUGUAAGGUUUAGCUUGUGGAAAUUAUAAAUAUAUAUAUAUAUAUAAACGACGACUAUGACCGCAAAUUGAACUCAAUAGUCAUAACGUACA